AUGCCGAACCAGAAACGGAACAAGAGACUGAAGGAGCGACUUAGAAAUGAAAUUGCAGCGAAAUGUAUGCGUAUAAACAGACUAAGUCGUGAACCGGCUCCAGCUAUUCCGGAUCGCAAUGAUGGUGAGAAUCCUACUGAUCGCAAUGAUGGUGAGAAUCCUACUGAUCGCAAUGAUGAUGAGAAUCCUGCUGAUCGCAAUGAUGGUGAGAAUCCUACUGAUCGCAAUGAUGGGGAGAAUCCUACUGAUCGCAAUGAUGGGGAGAAUCCUGCUGAUUGCAAUGAUGGGGAGAAUCCUGCUGAUCGCAAUGAUGGGGAGAAUCCUGCUGAUCGCAAUGAUGGUGAGAAUCCUACUGAUCGCAAUGAUGGUGAGAAUCCUACUGAUCGCAAUGAUGGUGAGAAUCUACUGAUCGUCAAUGAUGUGCAGAAUCCUGACUGA